AUUGAAUCUUUUUUAAUUAUCAUUUUCUGUCUUUAUGCGCGUUCAUUUUCUAGUUUAAAACAUAUUAUAUUCAGUUGGCAAUACUCGCUUAAACUAUACUACUUUGUCUGGAUUUAUAUUACUUUCUUUUUUCUCACAUUUAGUCGUUUUAGGAUAUUCAAUAUAACCGACCAUGAAACUCACGCUGGCACUUAUCAGCCUGGUGCAAUGCGCCCUGGGGUCUGUGUGGCCGGUUCCUGCGGUGUUCAACACCGGAAAUAGCACGACAGCGGCGCAAAAUCUGUACAUUAAUCCUGGACAGACAAACUCGCAAAUACUUGCUGGUGCUGCCAAGCGGUACAGCGCAAUAAUAGGCAAGGAGGCAUUCAAGGCGCCAGCCGACUACAACAUAAACCCAGUUUCAACCUACUCGACGCUUUCAGGACUGACUAUCAGCGUUGCAAGCAACGACGAAACGCUAUCGCUGGAGACUGACGAGUCGUAUAUGCUGGAUGUCCCAUCUGGCGGACAGGCGUCUUUGAAGGCGCAGACUGUGUAUGGGGCACUGCGCGGACUGGAGACGUUCUCGCAGCUGUUGGAAACACACCAGGGGGUACGGAUGGUGCGCAACACGCCCAUUUACAUUGAGGACCGGCCGGCACUUGCACACCGCGGCAUUUCGCUGGACACUUCACGCAACUACUAUCCGGUUAAAGAUCUCGAGCGCACGCUGGACGCCAUGUCGUACAACAAGCUGAAUGUGCUGCACUGGCACAUUGUGGACUCGCAGUCGUGGCCGGUAGAGUCGCAGAGGCACCCGGGUCUGGCAAAGAACGGCGCGUACUCUGCCGAGAUGCAGUACUCGCACAGCGACGUGAGGAAGCUCAUCCAGUAUGCUCGAGAGCGCGGAAUCCGGGUCAUUCCCGAGUUUGACAUCCCUGGGCACACUUACAUCGUGGGCCAGACGUACCCCGAGCUUAUGAGCUGUUUGAACCAGCAGCCCAGCUGGGACAAGUUUGCAGCAGAACCACCGAGUGGGCAGCUCAACAUCGCCAAAGACAGUGCGACAAACUUUGCGGUUGAUGUGAUCAACGAGUACGCGCAGCUGUUUACCGAUAAUGUGUUCCAUCUGGGCGGCGACGAGUACCUGGCGGCGCACCCGGGCGAGGAUGUCGAAUCCCUGCUGGCAAAGUUUUACGACAAGGUGCACAGUGCCGUGCACGCGAUGAAGAAAACCGGCAUGUCGUGGGAGGAGACGCUGUUCCACAGCACGUACGUGCCGCCCAAGGACACAAUCAUCCAGACGUGGAUCAACGAGCAAUCAAUUCCCAACACGGUGGCCAAGGGGUACCGCUCGGUGGCAUCGCCGUCAUCGUCGUACUACCUGGACUGCGGGCACGGUUCGUGGAUGCCGGACUACGACGGCAACUCGUGGUGCGAUCCGUUCAAGACGUGGAUGCACGUCUACAACUUUGACCCACUGGCCAACAUCUCCGACGCAGCGCAAAGAAAGCUGGUCAUUGGGGCCGAGGUUGCGCUGUGGUCCGAGCAGACAGACCCUACUGUGCUCGACGGGCGCCUGUGGCCGCGUGCGUGCGCAAUGGCCGAGACGGCAUGGUCGGGCAAGUCCGAUGGCAGCGGGCAUAUACGGACCACCGGCGAGGUGGCACAGCGGCUGCAUAACCAGCGGUUCCGCAUGGUCGGCCGCGGAAUCAAUGCCGAGCCAAUGCAGCCUCUGUGGUGCGCUCGCAACCCGGGUGCCUGCAACCUGCCAAAGUGAAACAAAGUGGGAUUUUUUUGCAGCGCUGUAAAAAGUGUGAUUGAGGGUGUGCGCACACGCAUUGUUCAUUCUUUUUGGCACUUUUGAAAAAUAAAGAGCAGUCCAGG